UUUUCCAAAUCUAUUGUCUUCUAACAAUAUUUUUCUCAUGUUAUCAUCUAUACUCAAACACUCUUCUCUCGUAUGAUCCUUUUGCUGUGAAGUUUGAACAUUGAACAGAAAGAUAUAUUUACAAAUAUAAUACAAGGUUGAAAUGGUGAAGAUAUGUGGAAUUGGAGCUGGGUACGUGGGGGGUCCUACAAUGGCUGUGAUUGCCCUGAAAUGUCCGUCGAUUGAAGUGGCUGUGGUUGACAUAUCGGAGUCUCGCAUAUCAGCCUGGAAUAGCAAGAAACUACCUUUUUAUGAGCCUGGCCUAGAAGAAGUGGUGAAUCAGUGUAGAGGAAAGAAUCUCCUCUUCAGCAGCGAUGUGGAAAAGCACGUUUAUGAAGCAGACAUAAUCUUUGUUUCAGUUAACACCCCCACAAAAAUCAAAGGAAUCGGAGCUGGUAAAGCUGCAGACUUAACUUAUUGGGAAAGUGCGGCUAGGAUGAUAGCUGAUGUUUCCAACUCUGAUAAGAUUGUUGUCGAGAAAUCCACUGUCCCAGUGAGAACAGCUGAGGCAAUUGGGAAAAUCCUAAGUGAAAACAGUAAAAGCAAGGGAAUCAAGUACCAAAUUCUGUCAAAUCCUGAGUUUCUCUCUGAGGGAACAGCUAUUCAAGACCUUCUGAACCCUGACCGGGUUCUUAUUGGAGGGAACCAAGACCCUCAAGGUUUAGAUGCAAUCCAAAAGUUGAAGGACAUAUACGCUUAUUGGGUGCCUCAAGACAGAAUCAUAACAACAAAUUUGUGGUCGGCAGAACUGUCCAAGUUAGCUGACAAUGCCUUCUUAGCUCAAAGGAUUUCAUCUAUCAAUGCUAUGUCAGCUUUAUGUGAAGCCACCGGGGCCGAAGUCUCACAAGUUUCUCUUGCUCUCGGGAAAAACACCAAAAUUGGGCCAAAGUUUCUGAAUGCCAGUGUUGGUUUUGGUGGUUCUUGCUUUCAAAAGGACAUAAUGAACUUGGUGUACAUAUGUGAGAGCAAUGGUCUCACCCAAGUGGGAAAUUACUGGAAAGAAGUGAUCAAGGUGAAUGAGUACCAAAAGAGUAGGUUUGUGCACAGGGUUGUGACUUCAAUGUUCAACACAGUUUCUGGUAAGAAGAUUGGAAUUCUGGGGUUUGCCUUCAAGAAGGACACGAGUGACACAAGGAAAAGUCCUGCAAUUGAUGUUUGCAAAGGUCUUUUGGGAGAUAAUGCGUGUUUGAGCAUCUAUGAUCCACGCGUUACUGAGCAUCAGAUUGAAAAGGAGCUGUGUAUGGAUGGUGUUGAAUGUGUUAAUGUUGUUGGAGAUGCUUAUGAGGCAACUAGAGAUGCUCAUGGACUAUGCAUUCUUACAGAGUGGGAUGAGUUCAAGACAAUUGACUAUCAAAGAGUGUACCAGAACAUGGAGAAACCAGCUUUUGUGUUUGAUGGUAGAAACAUCUUGGAUGUUCACAAGUUAAGGGAAAUUGGAUUCAUUGUUUACUCAAUUGGGAACCCUUUAGACCAAUGCCUCAUCAACAUCAACAUCAUCAAUUGAGCGAUAUCAAAUAUGUCUCUUUUGGAGCAAUGAUACUGCUAAAUAAUUAGUGUGAUGCUUCAAGUGUGAGCCAAAAUUAUUGUUUGGUGCAGUCCAAUAAUCACUUUUUUACAUAUGCGGAAUCUGAUUUUCCUCACCA